AUGUCUGGUCGUGGCAAGGGAGGGAAAGGGCUUGGGAAAGGGGGUGCCAAGCGGCACAGGAAGGUGCUGCGGGAUAACAUCCAGGGCAUCACCAAGCCUGCCAUCCGCCGUUUGGCUCGACGGGGUGGCGUUAAGCGCAUUUCGGGUCUCAUCUACGAGGAGACCCGCGGAGUGCUCAAGGUCUUCUUGGAGAACGUGAUCCGUGACGCCGUUACCUACACGGAGCACGCCAAAAGGAAAACCGUCACCGCCAUGGACGUCGUUUAUGCCCUCAAGCGCCAGGGCCGCACGCUCUACGGCUUCGGCGGCUAGG